UGAUUGUCUCCGUUGCGCGAUAAGGCUGUGAGAGACACACGCAUCGCAUCGCAGAGCAGAGUCAGAGUGUAGUGUGAAACUGUGGAAAAUGGCUUACAAUCUUUGCUCUUCACCUUCUUCUCUCUUCCAUGAUCCACCCUUCAUCUCUUGUUCUUCUUCUCGCAAGUUCCUACUCCGAAACUUUCCUUCUUCCUUUCAACCCUCUGCUUCCCUCACCUCCCAAUCCAAAACUUCUCUCCACGUCUCUUUACAGGAACCUAUUCCGGAACAACUAGCACCGGACGUUAACUCCGAAGAAGACGCAAACUUUGAGGACCCAGUUGGAAAGUCUUCGUCUUCCUCGAAAAGUUACAUCUGGGUCAAUCCUAGAAGCCCCAAAGCCAAACAACUUCUGAAGAAAUCUUAUGAUUCCAGGUACAAUUCUCUUGUCAAACUUGCUCAGUCUUUGGAUUCAUGCAAUCCCACUGAGCAGGAUGUCUCUGAAGUUUUCGUGGGCUCAGGGCAUAGGUUUUUAGAGCAAGACGUUGUAGUUGUUAUCAAUAACAUGAUGAAUUCCGAAACUGCACCUCUUGUUCAUAAAUACUUUAAGGGGAAGAUUAGAGUAACUAGGGAGGUGAUUCUUUACAAUGUCACCCUUAAGGUGUUUAGGAAGUGUAGGGAUCUGGAUGGAGCGGAGAAGCUGUUUGAUGAAAUGCUUGAGAGUGGAGUGAAGCCUGAUAAUGUUACAUUUUCAACUAUAAUUAGCUGUGCUAGGAUGUGUUCUUUGCCAAAUAAGGCUGUGGAGUGGUUUGAAAAGAUGCCUGCCUUCGGGUGUGUACCUGAUGAUGUUACAUACUCGGCUAUGAUUGAUGCUUAUGGACGGACUGGUAAUAUUGAUAUGGCUUUGAAAUUGUAUGAUCGUGCCAGAACGGAGAAAUGGCGCAUUGAUACUGUAACGUUCUCAACAUUGAUUAGAAUGUAUGGGAUGGCAGAAAAUUAUGAUGGAUGCUUAAAUGUCUACGAAGAAAUGAAGGUUCUGGAUGUUAAACCUAACAUGGUUAUUUAUAAAACUCUGUUGGAUGCUAUGGGAAGAGCUAAGAGGCCCUGGCAGGCCAAGACUAUUUAUAAAGAGAUGACAAAUAAUGGAUUUUCGCCCAACUUUGCAACUUAUGCAGCUCUUUUACGAGCCUAUGGUAGAGCACGAUACAGUGAAGAUGCUCUCAUUGUUUAUAAGGAAAUGAAGGAAAAGGGAAUGUUUUUGAAUACGAAUCUUUAUAAUACCAUUUUAUCUAUGUGUGCUGAUGUUGGAUACACAGACGAAGCAUUUAAAAUUUUUGAAGACAUGAGAAGUUCUGCAACUUGCAGUCCUGACAGUUGGACAUUCUCGUCCUUGAUUACCAUAUAUUCCUGCAGUGGAAACGUUUCAGAGGCUGAAAGAAUGUUGAAUGAAAUGAUUGAAUCUGGAUUCGAGCCUACUAUUUUUGUUCUGACAUCUCUUGUCCAGUGCUAUGGAAAAGCCAAGCGUACUGAUGACGUUGUGAAGACAUUUAAUCAACUCUUGGAUUUGGGCAUCAUUCCAGAUGGUCGUUUCUGCGGUUGUCUUCUGAAUGUUAUGACCCAAACACCAAAAGAAGAACUUGGUAAGCUAACAGAUUGUGUGGAGAAGGCCAAUCCGAAGCUUGGGUCUGUCGUAAGAUAUUUGGUGGAAGGGCUGGAGGGUGAUGGAGAGUUCAGAAAAGAAGCAGCGGAACUCUUUAAUUCAAUUAAUGGUGAAGUAAAGAAGGCCUUUUGCAAUUCUCUGAUUGAUCUUUGUGUAAACACAAAUUUGAUGGACAGAGCAGGUGAGCUUCUGGACUUGGGGUUGACCCUUGAGAUAUAUACAGAUGUACAGUCGAGGUCUCAAACUCAGUGGUCUUUGCAUGUAAAGAGUCUCUCACUUGGAGCUGGGCUAACUGCAUUACAUGUUUGGAUAAAUGACUUGUCUAAGGCUUUGGAAUCUGGAGAGGACCUUCCACCACUGCUUGGAAUUAAUACUGGUCAUGGGAAACACAAGUAUUCGGACAAAGGUUUGGCCAGUAUAUUUGAAUCACAUUUGAAGGAACUCAAUGCUCCAUUCCACGAGGCUCCUGAUAAGGCUGGCUGGUUUUUGACUACACAGGAAGCACUCAAGUCAUGGCUGGAGUCUAGGGUUUCUUCUGAAUUAGUUGCUGCAUAAUUUCUGAAAUCCAUUAUUUUAGGUGUUCCAACUUUCACCGUUGAUAAUGUUUCAGGGAAUGAUGAUGUGCCUUGUAGUUUUAAUACAUUUUCCUUUGUCUUUUGAGGAAAAUUUUGUAUUAAAUUCAGAAAUAAUAAUUGUUUUAUUUUUUGAUGUCGUAUAGAGUAAAUGAAGCCCUGAUACUGGUAUAUAUUGUCUUAGA